UACACAACAUAAUACCAUGGCCAACUCCAUACCAAAACUCCUUGCAACACAAAACCCCUUCUCUGUUUCCCUUUCAAUCUUCUUCUUUUUACUUUUGUUAAUCAACAACGUCAAGUCGGACUCAUUAUCUUUCAACUUCCCCAAAUUCGAUACCGAUGCCCUAAACAUUGUCAUCGACGGUGAUGCCAAAACAACAGGUGGAGUACUACAAUUGACUAAAAAGGACCAAUUUGGCAAUCCAUCUCCACAUAGUGUUGGCUUCUCCGCAUUCUUCGGAGCUAUUCAACUCUCCGAUAAACAAAGUGGUAAAGUCGCUGACUUCACCACCGAGUUUUCCUUUGUUGUGAAUCCAAAGGGUUCACAACUUCACGGAGAUGGUUUCGCAUUCUAUAUAGCAUCAUUAGAUUAUGAUUUUCCCGAAAAAUCAUCGGAUGGUGGAUUCCUUGGACUUUUUGAUAAAGAAACUGCCUUCAAUACCUCCAAAAACUCAAUCGUUGCCGUCGAGUUUGAUAGUUUUGCAAAUGAAUGGGACCCUAACUCACCUCAUAUAGGAAUUGACAUCAACACGAUUGAGUCUUCGAUCAGUGUUCCAUGGCCAAUCGAUCGUCAACCUCAAGGAACGAUAGGAAAGGCUCGCAUAAGUUAUAAUACUGCCUCAAAAGACUUGAGUGUAUUUGUAACUUAUCCAAAUAGUCCUGCCAAAGUUGAUGUUAUUGUGUCUUAUCCUAUUGAUUUUGCCUCUGUUCUGUCGGAAUGGGUAUAUGUUGGUUUCUCAGGUGCCACCGGUCAAGUUGCUGAAACACAUGAUAUUCUUUCUUGGUCCUUUGUUUCAAACUUGUAGAGAGCAUUGCAUCAUGGAGAUGAAAAAUUAAUUGCAUGUCCAGAGAAUGAAAUAUGUUGCUCUUUUAUUUUACUAUUUUUGUUGCAAUGGUUCUGCUCCCUAAUAAUGUAUACACAAAAGUUAUGAAUGAUUAUGAUAUAUGAUCCAUUUAUCC